UUUCAGAAAUAGUUGGUAUGUUCCUGUCAUGUACAAAGUUAUGAAUGGUAAUUAUUCCAAGUCCAACAAAUUGUCGUGGAUGUUACCUAACGAAAAAUUUACAAUCAACGAAAAAGAUUUAAUAUUGGUGAACGCUGAUGCAACUGGAUUUUACAGAGUUAAUUAUGACGAAGACACCUGGAACAAAAUUAUACAAUAUCUCAAGUCUGACAAAUUCGAGGAAAUACCAGUAGAAAAUCGUGGACAGCUCAUCAGCGAUUCAUUUGCAAUGGCAAGAAGCGGACGAUUGAAUGUAACGAUACCUCUCAAAUUAUCUGAGUACUUGCUGAACGAGACAGAAUAUUUACCUUGGAAAAUAUUUACCUCAAGUAUAGAGCACCUCGACAAAAUAUUGUUCAAAUCUUCUUUAUACCAACAGUUUAGGAAAUAUGUGGCAAAGUUGGUAUCGCCAUUAUACAAAGAAUACGGUUUUAUGGAUGAUUCUUCUAUGGAAGAUUCCGAUCUGUUUGACAGUUUAACCAUUCAACUUGCGACUCAUACAGCGUGUUACUAUGGAAGUGAAUUCUGCAUCGAAAACGCAAAACGACUCUAUGCAUCUUGGAUGAAGAAUCCGGAGGAGAAAAGGGCCAUUUCAAUGAACAACAGAGAAGAGGUAUACUGCACAGCUUUGCGAAACGGGGGAUGGGAUGAAUGGAAUUUUGCAAUGAAAGAACACAUUAGCACACUGGAUAAAGAAGAGCAAAGAAAAUUAAGAUUUGGAUUGUCUUGCGUUGAAGAUGAGACAAAAUUGUGGAUAUUGCUUGCCAGAUGUUUGGCGGAAAAUGCGAUAGUUGAACGUGAUGAAGCUUGGUCAACAUGUGUGGAAUUUGUCAUGAAAAACGAAUACGGUAGACGUAUUGUAUGGAAAUAUGUAAUAGAAAUGAAGGGGAUUCAAUUUUCUCAUCCAUUUUUUGAGUAUUUGACAAAUACCUUUUCUAGCAAAGAUGAUAUAAAGUUGCUGACUGAUCUGAAAAAGCGUGGAGAAAAUGGAAAAUCAAGACAGCCAGGUGUUGAAGGAGCAAUCAAGAAUGCAGAAAAAAGUUUGAAAUGGUUGGAACUAAACGAAGAAGAUUUGAAAAACUGGUUGAUGUAA